AUUAUUAUGGGAUUCUCAGGACUACCAUUCGAAAUUCUUUUGAAAAUUGCCGAUAAUCUAAAGAAAAAUGAAUUGCUGGCUUGUUCUCUGACGUGCAAGGGAUGGAGACACCCGUUUCUAAUAGUUCUGUGGAAAGAUAUACAUGUUUUUAACCCUAAAGGAAUGAAAGCAUUCAUCAACAGUAUUAAAGCCUCAAAGAAUGUAUCCAGCUCACACUCCCUCUUGGCUCACACUUUACGCAUACUUCUUGAUUCCCGUGCUAUCAGAAAUUUCGAUAUGGAUAUUUCUGAAAUAUUUAAAUACAUGCAAAACUUAAAGUGGCUGGACCUAGGGGAUGUAGACUAUAAAUCUAUUUACACCGAAAUAACAAAGUCGGAAAAAGUAUGGACGUCUCUGGAAAGGUUGACAAUGCGAUGCCCUAUAGCUUCUGAGAUACAGCCAGCAAAGAACGUACUUGAAUUUAUAUAUGCAUGCAAUAUGCUUCAAAGAUUACAAGUAUUUUAUCAAGCACAGAGUUAUAACACAGAGUUUAGUGUGGAUGAUUUUGACAACAUGCACCAAAACUUGCAAAACCUAUCGUCUUUCGACCUUAAUAUAUAUCUCAGCCCUGAUUUUUCGACUACAAUGAACAAAAUCCGGAGUACAAAACCAGCUUUUGGCAUGACAUCCUUAUAUAUAAGCUCGAGAGAAUAUCGCAAAUACGUAGACGAAAGCACAUAUGUAUGUCAGAAUAACUGGAAUCCUUUGUGGUUAUGCUAUUUUGGAUACAAAUAUCCAAACUUACGUUCAAUAACGCUGGAUGUUGCGGAUGCAGGAGAUAUCCCGAUAACUUCGGACCAGAAGCAAGCAGCCAUAUCUCUUUUCCGAUCCAAUCCAAACGCUUUUCGACAUCUGGAAGAAUUCAAACUUGCGACCGACACCUAUUUCGAGUCUUCUGAUUUUGUUUUAUGGGAUUUGCUUUGUGCGUUAAGACUCCCUCUUAAGCAUUUGAAGUUAAAUGCGACAAGAUUCGGCAAAGUAGAUCCUUCGUACCCAAUGGAUGUUAACAGGAUUUUACAAUACGUUUCCGAAACAAUCGAGACACUUUCGCUCAGAGGAUUUAUAUAUAACAGAAACUACCAAAAUACGACUCUGGAACUAUCCUAUUAUUGUCCGUUAUUGACGAAGCUUUGCAUCAGAGGAAAGAACGUGUCUCUUAAUCUAGACAAUAUAUUGGAAAAAUGUGUGGCCCUCAAAAAACUGAAGUUCGCUGGAGAAAGAUUAUUCGUUAAUACGAUCACGACAAACGAAGAGCCAAAGCAACAACAUGGACUACAGAAACUGAUGCUAUAUGAUUGUACUAUAAAGGCCGAAGUGUUUCAUUACAUAUCUUCCAGGUGUAGACGUCUGAAGCGUAUGACUUUGAGGAAUUUGCACAUCGAGGGAUCUAUUUGUGAAGAAACCGGGCGUUUAUUACUCGACAUGCCAUAUACUUUCUUAGAGGCUCUGUACAUCGGGAAGAUUAAAUACGGUGAUGAAUACCGACAAAGUGAUCUAGGUAGUUUUGGUAUGACACUCCUGUCUCAGAUAAGCAAACCUCUACUAUCAAAUGGAAAUAACAAAAAUCAAGAAAAGGAGAUAGAUUCAAAGUACCCUAUAGUAACAAGUCACGAUAUUAAAUGGCUGUAUACAUAUGUGUACGCUUGGGUUAAUGAUGUUCCCGUCACAGACACUAUGGAACCUUCGCACAAAGACGUCGAUAUUGUACUUGAUUACUUUAAAAACUUUCAGAUUAACAAGGCUAACUCACCUUUAAAUGAUCACAACUUGUAUUAUGAAGAGGAACCAGAGAGCUGCUGGAAAUACGAACUUUAUAAAGGAUACGGAGAAUUCAGAUUUGGCAAGGUUAAAGGUUUUACUUUUAUAUUGGAAGUAACCGAGGACGAGCUUUAGGUAAUAUGCUAUAAGAGACUAUUUUCAAAAGCAAAUAAAGUAAAGC